AUGACCGAUUUCAAGCCAAUUUCUUCCACAACCAGCCUUUCUACUUGGACUGAGCUGAAGAAACUGUACGAAGCCAAGGGCAAGACUCUGUCUGUUCCCGAGGAGUUCAAGAAGGACAACAAGCGAUUCGAGAAGUUCUCUCGCACCUUCUCCAACUACGACAACUCGCAGAUCCUGUUUGACUUCUCCAAGAACAUCGUUAAUGACGAGGUUUUCGAGUUGUUGCUCAAACUCGCCAAGGAGGCCCGGGUCGAGGAGCUCCGCGAUGCCAUGUUUGCUGGUGAAAAAAUCAACACCACCGAGAACCGCGCUGUCUACCACGUCGCUCUCCGUGCUCACGGCAACUCGCCCAUGAAGGUUGACGGCAAGGACGUUUUGCCUGAGGUCAAGGCGGUUCGCGAGCACAUGAGAGAGUUCAGCGAGGACGUCCGCUCAGGCAAGUGGACAGGUUACACGGGUAAAAAGAUCACCGAUGUCGUUAACAUCGGUAUUGGUGGCUCCGAUCUCGGCCCCGUUAUGGUUACUGAGGCUCUCAAGCACUACUCUGGCCCUCUGAACGUGCACUUUGUUUCCAACAUUGAUGGCACUAACCUGGUCGAAGUUCUGAAGCCCCUGUCUCCCGAAACUACUCUGUUCCUGAUUGCCUCCAAGACUUUCACCACUGCCGAGACUCACACCAACGCAACCAGCGCCAAGGAGUGGUUCUUGUCCAAGGGUGCCAAGGUCGAGGACAUCAAGAAGCACUUUGCUGCUUUGUCUACCAACGAGGCUGAGGUCUCCAAGUUCGGCAUCGAUCCUAAGAACAUGUUUGGUUUCGAGAACUGGGUCGGUGGCCGUUACUCUGUUUGGUCGUCUAUUGGUCUCUCUGUUGCCUUGUACGUCGGUUUCGACAAGUUCGACGAGUUCCUGAGCGGCGCCGAGGCUGUUGACAAGCACUUCACCUCUACCAAGCUUUCCGAUAACAUUCCCGUUAUUGGUGCUCUGCUCAGUGUCUGGUACAACAACUUCUUUGGUGCUCAGACCCAUUUGGUUGCUCCUUUCGACCAGUACCUGCACCGGUUCCCUGCUUACCUGCAGCAGCUUUCUAUGGAGUCUAACGGUAAAGGCGUCGAUCGCAACUCUAACUUUAUCAACUACGAAAGUGGCACCAUCCUGUUUGGUGAGCCCUGCACCAACGCUCAGCACUCUUUCUUCCAGCUUGUCCACCAGGGCACCAAGUUGAUCCCCGCUGAUUUCAUUCUGUCUGCCAACUCUCACAACCCUAUCUCCAACAACUUACACCAGAAUAUGUUGGCUUCGAACUUCUUCGCUCAGGCUGAGGCUCUGAUGAUCGGCAAAGACAAGGCUGCCGUCCAGGCUGAGGGUGCUCCCGCUGCUCUUGUCAACCACAAGAUCUUCAAGGGCAACCGUCCUACCACCUCAAUUCUCGCCCAGAAAAUCACUCCCGCCACUCUUGGUGCGUUGAUCGCAUACUACGAGCACGUCACCUUCGUGGAGGGUGCUAUCUGGAAUAUCAACUCCUAUGACCAAUGGGGUGUUGAGCUCGGUAAGGUGCUGGCCAAGAAGAUCCAGAAGGAGAUUGAGGCCCCUGGUGAUGUCAAGGACCACGACGCUAGUACCCGUGGUCUCAUCAACCAAUUCAAAAAAUGGUCUGCUUAA